AUGGGAACAGGCUCCUCCAGCUACCGGCCCAAGGCCAUCUACUUGGACAUCGAUGGACGCAUUCAGAAGGUGGUCUUUAGCAAGUAUUGCAACUCCAGUGAUAUUAUGGACCUGUUCUGCAUCGCUACCGGCCUGCCUCGGAACACCACCAUUUCCCUCCUGACCACGGAUGACGCCAUGGUCUCCAUCGACCCGACCAUGCCCGCCAAUUCAGAACGAACUCCCUACAAAGUGAGACCCGUGGCCAUCAAGCAACUCUCUGAGAAAGAAGAACUGAUCCAGAACGUGCUGACCCAGGUGGCGGAGCAGUUCUCAAGAGCUUUUAAAAUCAACGAGCUGAAAGCUGAAGUUGCAAACCACUUGGCAGUGCUGGAGAAGCGCGUCGAAUUGGAAGGACUAAAAGUGGUGGAGAUUGAGAAAUGCAAGAGUGACAUUAAAAAGAUGAGGGAGGAGCUGGCAGCCAGAAGCAACAGGACCAGCUGUCCCUGCAAGUACAGUUUUUUGGAUAACAACAAGAAGUUGACGCCUCGACGCGAUGUCCCCUCUUACCCCAAGUACCUGCUGUCCCCUGAGACCAUAGAUGCCCUGCGGAAGCCCACCUUCGACGUCUGGCUCUGGGAGCCCAAUGAGAUGCUGAGCUGCCUGGAGCACAUGUACCAUGACCUGGGCCUGGUCAGGGACUUCAGCAUCAACCCCAUCACGCUCAAGAGGUGGCUGUUGUGUGUGCACGACAACUACCGGAACAACCCUUUCCACAACUUCCGGCACUGCUUCUGCGUCGCCCAGAUGAUGUACAGCAUGAUCUGGUUCUGCGGGCUGCAGGAGAAGUUUUCUCAAAUGGACAUCCUGGUCCUAAUGACUGCGGCCAUCUGCCAUGACUUGGAUCAUCCAGGCUACAACAACACGUACCAGAUCAACGCCCGCACGGAGCUGGCUGUCCGCUACAACGACAUCUCGCCCCUGGAGAACCACCACUGCGCCGUGGCCUUCCAGAUCCUCAACCAGCCCGAGUGCAACAUCUUCUCCAACGUGUCACCGGAGGGCUUCAAGCAAAUCAGGCAGGGGAUGAUCACAUUAAUCUUGGCCACUGACAUGGCAAGGCAUGCGGAAAUCAUGGACUCUUUCAAAGAGAAAAUGGAGAAUUUUGACUACGGCAACAAGGAGCACAUGACCCUUCUGAAGAUGAUACUGAUCAAAUGCUGUGACAUCUCCAACGAGGUCCGCCCCAUGGAGGUGGCAGAACCGUGGGUGGACUGUUUGUUGGAGGAAUAUUUCAUGCAGAGUGACCGCGAGAAAUCAGAGGGCCUCCCCGUGGCCCCAUUCAUGGACCGGGACAAAGUGACCAAAGCCACAGCCCAAAUCGGCUUCAUCAAGUUCGUCCUGAUCCCAAUGUUUGAGACGGUGACCAAGCUCUUCCCUGUAGUUGAGGAGCUCAUGCUGCAGCCGCUAUGGGAGUCCCGAGAUCGCUACGAGGAGCUGAAGCAGAUGGACGAUGCCGUUAGGGAGCAGAAGGCUGAGAGCCUGACGUCUGGAAUCGCCACGUCAAGAGAGAAAAGCAGAGACCUCGGGAAACAGAGUGAAGUUGUAGAGAAGGUGCCAGGCAGCCCCCCACUGCACAGAUCAGCCCCAGAGCCCAUGAACGGGGCCCUGUCCAUCCAGGUCAGCCUGUACACCAGGACCUGGAAGGCCUCCUGCCCAGGGACACCCCAUAUGCUGGCCAAGAGACCACGUACAAUAUGCAGGCCGCGGCUGCUGCGCCAGCCAGGAGAGAAUCAACAGGUCUGCAAGUUCCUGAGCUUCCUCAAGUUUUCUUCCAGCUUCCCCGCUUGUGCCUUGUCUACCCUGGGUUCAGCCAAGUGUGAACAGAGAGACGGGACCCAGCUGGACCAGCCGCCCAUGGGGCACGUGGCCGCCUGCUGGACAGCACGGCAGACCAUCCAGAAGGGCAAGCGGAGAACAGCGCAGGUAUCCACCGUGCUGCUGGCAGCCUCCAGGCUGCCGACGGAAGCGUGCUGCAGGACGAGCAGGAAGGACGAGCGCCAGGCCCGCGGGCGACCACCCUCCCAGGAGAACGGAGGUGCUGGGUGUACUUACGACUCUCGAACAGCGUCUCCAGGGACGCUGACCCGCAGCACAGCUUUGGGGACAGAAUGUUCUAGAGCCCAUGGUCCCGUCCAGCUGCCCGGCACGGCCCCAGGGGUCCGCUGA